AUGCUUACUGGGCGCGAAAGCUUGCUCAGAGUCAUCGGCAAACGACGCCGUUUUCUCCCCAAUCGCCGAUCCCUGCUCCAUGCCGCCUCUGCCUCUGCCAGUUCUUCGAGCAUAUUGGAGAGAAAUGAAAAUGUCGAGACAGAUUCACAUGAGCAAAGACCCGACGGCGAUGCUGCAGAAUCGGUGAAUUGCCCUGUCUGUGGGGCCGCACUUCCCGGCGCGGAUAAUGCCCUUAUCAAUUCCCAUGUAGAUGAUUGCCUUGCUCCUAAAGGAAGUAAGCGGAAACUCAGCCAGGCCACCCUUUUUCAGUUGAACUUCUCAAGGUCCAAAGCUAAAUUGCAUUCUCCGCAGCUAGCCAAUGAACUAGUUAUUCCAAGCGCGCCUGAUGAAAUGAGCACUAUAGAGUCUAUCCAUGACUCGAAUGGGUUGGGCUGGUCUGAAGAGUAUGCUAACAAGGGUUUGGAAAACGAUUCGAAUGCAAAUCCUGAAGAAAAAGUUAUCUGCAAAGGCACCGCUAGUGAUAAAUUUGCCUCGCCAUCAUUACCAUGUGACAUUGGUGAUGGGCGUAAAGAUGGUGUGGGUGAAUUUUCAGAUGAUUAUGACAUAUCUAAGGUUGUUAUUCCAACUCUCAUUGUUGGUCGUAGGUAUGGAAGUAGAGAGUCAAUAGAUCCUCAAUCAAGCAUAUGCCUCUCUAGAGACCAUGAGAAUGUUAAUGAUCCAAAUGCUAUCAAGGUACUUUGUGUAGAUUGUGGAUCUGAUAGCAUUUUAGGAUACAUACCGCGAGAAUUAGCCCAGUACUUGUCUACUCUAAUAGAGAAGUUCCACUUGAACUUUGAGGUCAGUAUAACUUCUGUACCACAAGAUCCUCGCACAGCUAUUCCAAUUCAGAUUGUAUGCUCAAAUGUGGAAUUAUGCGACCAAAAAUAUUGCAAUAUGCAAGAAUUUAAGACUAUAUGGAAACAUGUUUUACGUGUCGCUGAACUUGCAAAAUCAAAUCCAUCUGGAAUGACCAGGUAUCAGCGUAACCUGGAAUUGCUUAUACAAGAGGUGUUAAAGAGUAACCGACAUCUCUUCACAGACAACGAGGUGUCUUUGUUAGAAGCAUUUGACUCACUUCCUGAUGUUAGUAAAAGACUCUUUCCUCGGCUGUAUACACGCAAAGGGCCCUGGUUUCGGAUGUCUAGUAUGUCAUAUCCUGAGAUAGCUGACCACAACCAAGCAAUUAAGGGGCUUGUAGAAGCUGGGUAUCUGUGCUCAUUUUUGCCAAGGAAUGAACUAGAAGAGGAUGACAUAGAGGAAGCUUUGAACAUACUAAAUGUUGAUGAGCUGCGGGAGGCUCUGUUACUGCUUAACAAGAAAUGCAUUCAUGGUACAAGGAAGCAAGACAUCAUUAAAUUGCUGUUGUCAUCAAAUACAGGUGGUCCUUGUUUUGACCUCCGAGGUUUUGUGCUAGCUAAAAGUGGUUCUUGUGUAAAAGUAUCUCCACUUGCCGAACUUCUAGUAUGGCGAGCUGAGAGGCUUUUCUUCCUCAACGGAGAGCAGGAUCUGUCAGCCUUUUUGCUAGUGGACUUAGGUAUUGUAAAAUAUCCUGCUUAUAGAUGUAUAAUCUCAGAGCCGAUUUUUCCAAAUAGGAGCGGCGUGCUAUCUUAUGAAGAGGCAAUUGAAAUUUCACAAAUUAUGGUUGAGUCUCUUGACGAGAACGACAUGGAGUUGGUCUUAAGAUGCACAGAAAUAUCUGUUUCGCGGAUGUCAACUUUUUCGACAGAGAAUACAUCUUCAACUGGUGGAUCAAAGGACUCCUUUUUAUCUCAUUUCUCAGCCUCAUGGGUGUACUCGAAGGUGGUCUUAUUGGGUGUGUCCUUUCUUGAACGCGAGAAGAGGUACACGGAGGCCAUUGAUUUACUCUGGCAACUACUAAAUACAUUCACUUCAGAUAGAAGAAGGGGAUAUUGGACAUUACGGCUCUCUGUUGAUUUGGAACAUCUUGGGCGUGUAGAUGACAGCUUGCAAGUAGCUGAGGGUGGUUUACUUGAUCCAUGGGUUCGUGCUGGUUCACGAGUAGCGCUGCAAAGGAGAGUGCUGCGGUUGGGUAAACCACCCAGACGCUGGAAAAUACCCAGUUAUUCUAAUUCAGUCAACCGGAAGAUUGUUCAGGUUCAUGUUCAAGGAAGACCGUUGAAUGGUAAAAUAGGGGCGAAGAGCAUCUUCUACGGUGAGGAUGGAGAACGAUGUGGAGUAGAAGAGCUUGCACUACAGUAUUAUGCCGGGGAAGGAGGUGGUUGGCAAGGCGUUCACUCAGAGAGUGGCAUUUGGCUUACCAUUUUCGGGAUCUUGAUGUGGGAUGUCGUUUUUGCUGAUGUACCAAAUGUUUUCCGCACCAAAUUUCAGACUGCACCCUUGGAUCUCGGGACCGAUAGCUUCUAUGAGACCAGAAAGAGCCUUAUAGAAGCUCACUUGGAGAAAAUCCGAGAUGGCAUGGCAGAGGAGAUGCUCAUCACGACGUGGGAGUUGCAUGUUGGAACUGCCUGUCGAGGGGUGAACUGGGAGAAGCACUCGCUGGCUGAUCUUCGAGUUGCUGCAAAAUGCAUCGGAAGUGCGUGCCUUGCCUCCAUCUGCAGACAUCUGGCUCAGGGUUACCGGAGCUGGUCCAGUGGCAUGCCUGACUUACUUCUGUGGCGUCUCCACGACUGCUACAGAGGCGAAGCAAAGCUCGUGGAGGUGAAGGGUCCCAGGGACCGACUCUCGGAACAGCAGCGCGCGUGGUUGCUUGUCCUCAUGGACUGCGGCUUCCAUGUCGAGGUUUGCAAGGUGACUCCAAAUCCGGUAGCAACAUAAAUAGCUAAGGCAUGGCUAUAGAUACAUUAUUUAUUUGUAUAUACAGAUACAAAAACACUUUUUUUCUUUUUUUCACUUGAUUAGUGUUAUAUGAGGAUCUGUAAUUGGUAGUACUCCAUGUAUCACAAAAGCUAGGGACUAAUGGUGUUAAAAAAAAAUUAUGAGUUUGAUAAUUUAA